GUGAUACUGUACGGUGAUUACUACAGUUGUCAUAUCGUCAGGUGAUACUGUACGGUGAUUACUAUACAUGUUUCGUGUGUGUUGUCGGCAAAAUGCGGAUAUAUCUAAAACGAGUUGUCUUUCUUACUGUGCUGCUCAUUCUUGGCUACCUUUUCAUAACGAUCUUGAUAGGUAAUAAAACAACACUUUGUUCAGACUGUAUAACUAACAGUGUUUUAUCGAUGGAUAAUUCGACAGUCGGAAUCUUCACAGAUUCAAGCACCAGCGUCCCGACGGUGUGGAACAAUUCAUACACAGAGUUAUUGACGAUGACAGGUCUCAGUGUCGCACAGAUCAAAGUUCUGGCAGCUGAAAUGAACAGCAAUCAGCGAAUACAGAAUUUAGACAAAUUUGGUUUGAAGUUACACGAUAAUUCGGUGGUUAUUCUUAUUCAAGUGCACUCACGGGUGGACACGCUGGUGGCUGUUGUGGAGUCUUUGCGCCACGUACGAUUCAUUAACGAGACCCUCGUUAUAUUCAGCCAUGACAUAUACAGCAAAAAUAUCUUUAAAAUAGUGCAGUCAAUCGACUUUUGUCCGAUGAUGCAAAUUUUUUAUCCUUUUGCUCUUCAGACGCAUAAAAAUGUUUUCCCGGGCUUUCAUCCAAAUGAUUGCCCGCGAAAUUUGAACAUCAUGUCUGCUAGGAAAAGGCGGUGUAAUAACGCUGAGUACCAGGACAAAUUUAAACACUACAGAGAAGGACACGUCUGCCAAAUUAAACACCACUGGUUGUGGAAGAUGCACUUCGCCUUCGACCGGCUUCGGAUCUUGGCGGGUUUUAACGGGACCCUUCUCAGACUCGACGACGACUAUUACCUUGCUGAUGACGUCAUUUACUUUAUCCGGAAGUUAGAUCUGUACAGAAAAAAAUCCUACCCGGACUGCAGGAUGUAUAUCAUGGGCGACCACGAACGCUUCUCCGAGGCCCCGUUUCGAACAGCAGCCAAUGGAGUUCUGAAGGCUUCCUACUACGUGGGGAUCGGAAGGGGUAUGGCGUUCAGGAGGGAAUUCUGGGAGGCGUUUAAAAACUGUUCCAAGUCUUUCUGUACCCACGACGAGUACAACUGGGAUUUCGCUUUGCACCGCAUCGCGGCCACUUGCAUGCGUGGCGGUCUGACUGUCCUGAAACCCGUGGCCAGUCGAGUCUUCCACGUCGGCACGUGUCUCGGCUUCCACAGGAAGAUCAACAACUGCAGACUGGAGACCGUGAAGAAGAACAUCCAGCAGCUGCUACACACAGUCUCGGCCAAUUUGUUUCCAGACAAGAUAUCGGUGAUCAAGGCCAAGCGCGCCGCUAGGCCUGCGACACGGCAGUACGGUGGGUGGGCGGAUCCGCGAGAUCACCGGCUCUGUCUGAACAUAUUCAACAACGUCAGCGACGACGAAGCCAUUCUAGCGCAGAUACACAACACUCUCAGACAUCCCGCGAACAGAACUCGACUGAAAGAAUAAUUACUUUGAUGUCGAAAUGUGAUUUCGGCUAGUUCUGGAGAUAUUGGUUUAAUGCUUAUUUUACGUUUUAUAUAUUUUAUAUAUUAUAGACAUAUAAGAUAAAACUAAG